AUGGACGGCACAAAAAAUAGCAACUUCACAAAUGAAACUACUUCAUCUCCGCCAUAUAACAUGCCUCCACCAAGCUAUGGAUUUUCGAAUCCGAUGGUACUUGGGGUGUCCAACCAACCAGGACAAGUUCCCAUAAGCUCUAUGGGUAAUCAAUGGGCUGGAAAUCCAAAUGUUGUAUACGUACAGCCACCAUCCAUAGCUGCUGUUGGGAUCUGCGGACUGCAUCCCGAGACAGCUCAUAUUAAUGACUACAUGGCUUGGUCAAUUUUCAACAUGUUAUGUUGUGGUCUUUUGUUAGGUAUCAUAGGAUGUGUGCUGUCGUCACAAGUGCAACAACGCAAGGUGGCAGGUGACGUAGAAGGCGCCAAAAGCUUAUCAACGGGUACUGCAAUGUGGAAUGCAUUUACCACUCUUGCUGGCAUUGGUAUUAUUGUUGGGAUUUGCAUCUACCUCAGUCAUUAUGGCUACUUUUAA